GCGGCGCGCAGAGCCAGUAGACGCGGGCCGGUCCUUUCCUCCUUCGCGCCUCCCUUCCCGGGCCUCGUUCAUCUUCUGCGGCCGCCGGCGGCGGCGGGGAUGUGCCGGCGCUGACGGGCGGCCGCGCGCCGGGCCGAGCCCGCUGCCCGCGGCCGCGCCUCUGAGCUCUCUAUCAACAUCAGCUUAUAUUGCAGAGAAGAUAAUUUUGAAGACAUACUUUACUGAGAAGACAACUGAGGACAGUUGUACGAAUGGGAUGAACACGUGUCACUUGACUGUCUGCUGAAGUUUGAAUGCUAGCGUCGCGCAUUGGGUACUGCUACCUAGUGAUGCACCUACUCUUACAGUACCCCAUUUCAUCGUGCUUGUCUUGAUUAAAGAAUUCAAAGUGGAGUACCGCAAACUUGAUAUGGAUAAUAAAAAGAAAGACAAGGACAAAUCAGAUGAUAGAAUGGCACGGCCCAGUGGUCGGUCAGGGCACAGCACGCGAGGAACUGGGUCUUCUUCAUCUGGAGUUUUAAUGGUUGGACCUAACUUUAGAGUUGGGAAAAAAAUUGGAUGUGGCAAUUUUGGAGAGUUACGGUUAGGGAAAAAUUUAUACACAAAUGAAUAUGUGGCGAUUAAGCUGGAGCCCAUGAAAUCCAGAGCACCACAGCUACAUUUGGAAUACAGAUUUUAUAAACAGUUAGGAUCUGGAGAUGGUAUACCUCAAGUUUACUAUUUUGGCCCUUGUGGUAAAUACAACGCUAUGGUGCUGGAACUGCUGGGACCUAGUUUGGAAGAUUUGUUUGACCUCUGUGAUAGAACAUUUUCUCUUAAAACAGUUCUCAUGAUAGCUAUACAACUGAUUUCUCGCAUGGAGUAUGUUCACUCUAAGAACUUGAUAUACAGAGAUGUGAAGCCGGAGAACUUCUUGAUAGGACGGCCGGGAAACAAAGCCCAGCAAGUCAUUCAUAUUAUAGAUUUUGGUUUGGCAAAGGAAUAUAUUGAUCCAGAGACAAAGAAACAUAUACCAUACAGAGAACACAAAAGCCUUACAGGAACAGCCAGAUACAUGAGCAUAAACACACAUCUAGGCAAAGAACAGAGCAGAAGAGAUGAUUUAGAAGCAUUAGGCCAUAUGUUCAUGUACUUUCUGAGAGGCAGUCUUCCUUGGCAAGGCUUAAAGGCUGAUACAUUAAAGGAGAGGUAUCAGAAAAUUGGAGACACGAAACGAGCCACACCAAUAGAAGUAUUGUGUGAAAACUUUCCAGAAGAAAUGGCAACAUACCUUCGUUAUGUACGAAGGCUAGAUUUUUUUGAAAAGCCAGACUAUGAUUACUUAAGAAAGCUUUUUACCGACUUAUUUGAUCGCAAAGGAUAUAUGUUUGACUAUGAGUAUGACUGGAUUGGUAAGCAGUUGCCUACUCCAGUGGGUGCAGUUCAGCAAGACCCUGCUCUGUCGUCGAACAGAGAAGCACACCAACACCGAGAUAAGAUGCAGCAGUCUAAAAAUCAGUCGGCAGACCACAGGGCAGCUUGGGACUCUCAGCAGGCAAAUCCCCACCAUUUGAGAGCUCACCUUGCAGCAGACAGACAUGGUGGCUCGGUACAGGUUGUAAGUUCUACAAAUGGAGAGCUAAACACGGAUGACCCCACGGCAGGACGUUCAAAUGCACCCAUCACAGCCCCUACAGAAGUAGAAGUGAUGGAUGAAACCAACUGCCAGAAAGUAUUGAAUAUGUGGUGCUGCUGUUUUUUCAAACGAAGGAAAAGGAAAACCAUACAACGUCACAAAUGACUGGACACAAAAUGUCUUGGGGAGUUACUUACAUGUUCAUAUGCUGUCUCGUGAUUAAAAUCAUCUCUCUAGUGACCACAUACAUUUUCAAGGACUCACUCUUGAAACAAAAUGUCACUUUUCCAUAUUUCAUUUUGUGGUUGUCUUAUAUUCAUUUUCUCCCCUAAUUUAACUUUAUGGAAGCUUUAAAAUUUCAUCAAAACUUGAGUGCUUUGCCCACCGUUGAAUGGAGUGGACCAGUGAAGUGGUAUUGAUGAACACAGU